ACUGGCUUGGUCUGGACGAGCGGCGGAGUCCGGGCUCGGCGUAAUGGCAUCCCCAUCGCGGAGGCUGCAGACCAAGCCGGUCAUCACCUGCCUGAAGAGCGUCCUCCUCAUCUACACCUUCGUCUUCUGGUUCACUGGCAUCGUCCUCCUAGGCGUUGGCAUUUGGGCCAAGGUGAGCCUGGAAGUCUACUUCUUCCUGCUGAACGAGAAGGCCAGCAAUGUUCCGUACGUCCUGAUCGGGGCAGGAUUGGUGGUCGCUCUGCUUGGCACCUUCGGAUGUUUUGCCACCUGUCGCGGAAGCACAUGGAUGCUGAAGCUGUAUGCCAUGUUCUUAACCCUCAUCUUCCUUGUGGUGCUGGUGGCUGCCAUUCUGGGUUUUGUCUUCAGACAUGAGAUAAAGGAUAAUUUUAAGAAAAACUAUGAAAAUGCUGUGAAGCGUUACAAUGGGACCAGAGACGAUCCUAGCAAAGCAAUCGAUGACAUCCAGAAAACAUUGCACUGCUGUGGCGUAGAGAAUUUCACGGACUGGAAAACGAGCGACUACUUCAAAGAAAAAGGCAUUCCCACCAGCUGCUGCAAACCUUUGGAGAACUGUACAGAGAGUGACUUGAAGAACGCCACUAUAGCAGGAGGCAAAGUUUAUGAGCGUGGUUGUUUUAGCCUGGUGAUACAAACCAUGGACUCCGAGAUGGGCAUUGUGGCUGGGAUCUCCUUCGGCACUGCUUGUUUCCAGUUGAUUGGCAUUUUCUUGGCCUGCUGCCUCUCCCGCUCCAUCACAAGUAACCAGUACGAGAUGGUGUAACACUGCAGGACGGGAGUUCGCCUAAAACUCCAAGGUUUUAUUUAAACACACAAACAAACAAAAAACCAGAAGAUUUUUUUUUCUUUUAGGAGCCACUUCCCUGAGAGACUUGAGCUUUUGAAAACCUGUUUGAUUUGACUGCCAUCUUUGGGAUUUUAUUUGAAUUAUGUUUGAAAGCACCAAGGACAAGGCCAGGGGCUUUGAGAUUUAAAACUACUGAGGAGCAGUAGUUUUAAAAUAGGGUGCACGUGUUGUUUUUUAAAGGGAGGCUUUUCAUAGUACUAUUAGUUGCUGUGUCAUUAAUCUUCUAUGUAUUUAAGUGGACGUAUUAUUUAAAUUUAUAUUAGCCUAUUCUUGCUAUUGUAGUAGAAUUUAACUGACAGCUGCCUCUUUUAGUGAAAGGUCCAUUUUUUUGUCUCUCUCUUGAAUUAAUGCUUCUCAUUCUGGACUAUCAAAUCCUACCCAGAUCCAAAAUACCUUCAAAAAAUACGAGUGAUUUCAAGCCAGAGCUUCUUACCUGGGGGUUCAAAUACUGUAUUUCGGGGCUCAAAUACUACCUUGUUUCCCUGAAAAUCAGACCUUCCCG